AUGAGUGACCAGGCAUCUGCACUUCGGAUUGUGCUGCUGGGAAAAAAUGAAGACAAACAGACAAAACUUGGGAACUUCAUCACUGGGGAACAAAGUUUUCAUUACCAAAGAUUUUCCCCAACCAGGCAGUGUGUGGCCACCUGUGGAGAGUGGAGAGGAAAACCAUUAACAGUAGUGAAAACUCCAAACAUCUUCAGUUUGUCUGUUGAAAUGCUGAGAAGAGAGCUGAAGAACUGUUUGACUCUUUGUCCUCCUGGACCAAAUGUUCUGCUGCUGUUAGUGAAACCGUCUGAGUUCACUGAGGAGGACAGACAAACACUGAAGUUCAUCCUGAGUCUGUUUGGUCAAGAUGCCUUCAAAUACUCGAUGGUCAUCAUGACACAUGAGGAGAGGAGUGAAAGGAGUGUCACUGUUAAUGAACUCCUGAGAGACUGUGGAGGAAGAUACUACAGUAUGUCUGAAGACAACCACAGAUCACUGAUGGAGAGGAUUGAAGAAACAGCUAAUAAACCCAUCAGAGCAGCUUUAAACCUGGUCCUGUGUGGGAGGAGAGGAGCAGGGAAGACUUCAGCAGCCAAGGCCAUUUUAGGUCAGACAGAGCUUCAUUCAGUCUCCAGCUCAUCAGAGUGUGUUAAACAUCAGGGAGAGGUGUGUGGACGUUGGGUUUCCCUGGUGGAGCUGCCUGCCUUGUAUGGAAAACCUCAGGAGGCAGUGAUGGAGGAAUCAUUCAGGUGUAUCUCCCUCUGUGAUCCUGAGGGCGUCCAUGCCUUCAUCCUGGUCCUACCUGUGGGUCCCCUCACUGAUGAAGACAAGGGAGAGUUAGAGACCAUCAGGAACACAUUCAGCUCUGGAGUCAAUGACUUCACCUUGAUCCUGUUCACUGUGGAGUCAGAUCCUACAACUCCAGAUGUUGUCAACUUUAUAAAGAAGAACAGAGACAUCCAGGAGCUCUGUCAGAGCUGUGGAGGAAGAUAUGUUGUUCUCAACAUCAAGGACCAGCAGCAGAUCCCAGAGCUGUUGGAUGCUGUGGAAAAGAUGAGAGAUGAAGGAUCCAGAUGCUUCACAAAGGACACGUUCACUAAGGCUCAGCUGGAGAAUGUUUCAAGACUUAAAGCUGAACUGCGGGAUUUCAAACAGAAAAAGGAGAUGGGAACUGAUGACAUCAGUCAGAGCAGAGAGCCUCUCAGGAUGGUGCUGAUUGGGAAGACUGGCAGUGGGAAGAGUGCAACUGGAAACACCAUUUUGGGCAAAGAACAUUUUAAAUCUAAAGCCUGGUCAAAGUCUGUCACUAAGGUUUGUGAGAAAGCAACAGGAGAGAUUGAUGGACGACCUGUCGCUGUGGUCGACACCCCCGGCCUGUUUGAUACGACUCUGUCCAAUGAUGAAGUUCAACAGGAGCUUUUAAAAUGCAUCAGCAUGUUGUCUCCUGGACCUCACGUGUUCUUACUGGUGCUGCAGAUCGGCCGCUUUACACAAGAGGAGAAAGACUCUGUGGAACUGAUCAAGAAAUAUUUUGGCAAGAAUUCAAGAGAUUUCAUCAUCAUUAUCUUCACCAGAGGAGACGAACUCAGUGAGUCAGUUGACAGUUACAUUGACUGUGAUGACUUUUUGAAAAAACUGAUAAAUGACUGUGGAGGAAGAUACCAGGUCUUCAAUAACAACAAUCAGACAGACCGCACACAAGUCAGAGAGCUGAUAGAGAAGUCCAACAGAAUGCUGACAGAAAAUGGCUGCAACUGCUACACCUCAGAGAUGUUCCAAGAGGCAGAAGAAGCCAUACAGAAGGAAGUGAAGAGAAUCCUGAAGGAGAAAGAAGAAGAGAUGAAGAAACAGAAAGAGGAGCUUCAGAGAAAACAUGAGGAGGAAAUGGAGGCAGUGAAGAAAACAGUGGAAAAACAGAGAGCAGACACUGAUCGAGAUCGAAUCAGAAGAGAACAAGAGGAGAAGGAGAGAAGAGAAUUAGAGGAAAACUAUAAGAAAAAAAUGGAGAAAAUGAAGAAGAAGUAUGAAGAGGAGGCCAGAAAACAAGCUGAAGAGUUCAAUGAGUUCAGACAGAAAUACACCAAGGACUUUACAGCACUGGUAGAGAAGCACAUGGAGGAAAUACAGGAACUGAAGAAAAGGCAUGAGCAACAGAUACAGGAGAAUGAAGAGAGCCAUGAGAGAGAGCGAAAUGAGUUACAAAAGCUCUCAAGUGACAAAGAAAAAGCUCUGAAAGACGAAACAGAGACCUUGAAGACAAAGCAUGAGCAAGAAAUAUAUGAACUGGAACAGAAAUACAAAGACAGGUGUAUCAUCGCGUGAGGUUCCCAUUUUAAGUUUCCAGGAUACUUUGCUUUUCUCCAUAUUAGGUCAACUACAAGUGAUUUCAUCCUCACAAACAUUUUUUGCUGUGCGACCAGAAGACUGGAUGUUGUGUACUCACCACCUGCCUGACGGAUAUACAUCAUUUAAAAGCACAUGAGAAUGCUCAACAGUGUCCACUGAGGCCGGCAAGAAACUUCUCUAACAUCCAAUAAUUAAAUGAAAGUACAAGUCCAUGCAUAACUAACGUUCUUUUCUCAAAUCAUGUAAACAUAAAUAAAGUUUCUCCAAGCCACAGGACUUAACUUCAAUAUUUUAAGCUGGUGUUAAAUGAGUGUCAGAUGGCCGCAAUGUGUCGAUGCAGCGUCUGGUCUGCUUUAAAUGAGGAGCUGAUGGGAUUGUCGCUGGCUUUUCUAAUAUUUUGAUUUCUUUUCGUUGUCUUUACAAUAAGUAUAAAGUAUAAUCACAUUGUUUUGGUUACUGGACAGCCACAUUGUCUUUUUAACCUGUUGUUGCUGCUGAGUCAGUUUGACAUCCUGGAUAUAUCCUUCAAA